AUGAUUUACUCCUCUGGAAGGGAAUCCUUCUUCAACCUCAACUCCACCUGGUACGAUCCCUCGGGCUCCUGGCUGGACACGCGGCGUACGCCCUUCCGCUACGGCUACGCCACGUGCUGCUCCUCGGGCUGCCACGGCGAGGGCGUGGAGGGCAUGAGGGGCCAUGACUACCGCCACUACGGCUACCGGCAGCCCCGCUGCGCCGAGCGCUGCCACGGCUACUCCAGCUCCACGGGCUCGUGCCACGAAGGGGGUGGCAGCUGCGUCAGGAGACCCACGUACAGCUACGGGGGCUCGGGGGGGUGCCAGGGCUACGGGAGGUCCGUGUGCUCCGAGAGGUGCCAGGGCUCCUCGGGCUCGUGCCACGGAGGGGGUGGCAGCUGCGUCAGGAGACCCACAUACAGCUACGGGGGCUCGGGGGGGUGCCAGGGCUAUGGGAGGUCCGUGUGCUCCGAGAGGUGCCACGGGCCAGCAGUGGCCCAGGGUGGGAAACCGUGCUGUGGGACAGCCGUACAGAGCAUCCCAGUGCAGAGCUGUCCCCCGCCGGUGCAGAGCAUCCCAGUGCAGAGCUGUCCCCCACAAGUGCAGACCUGUCCCUGCCCCCCCCCAGUGCAGAGCUGUCCCCCCCCGGUGCAGACCUGUCCAUGUCCAUGUCCCCCUCCGGUCCAGCAGGGCUGUGUGCCCGUGGCCAAAGGCAUCCCCCGCCAGCAGCAGAAGCAGAUCUGCAAAGUGCCAGCUCGGAAGAUGAAAUAAAGGACGUGAGGAGUGAGGGGAAGCAAAGGGAACUUGUCCCUGUCCCCCCCUGUCCUGUGUUGUCACCGAUCUCUGCUCUGUCCCUCUGCUUGUAACGCGCUCUGAAGUUGUGACCCGCUGACGCUGUGAAAUUUAAAAUGCUCUUCAUUUCACAGCAGACGUGGAGGCAAUAAAAAAAUGCUGGCUCAAA